UCGACGACGAAAUAUCAAUUUUUGUUCUGGAAGUGCACACAUUUCUGCUGUUUCCAGCGCAAUGUAAUAUUUUUUGUCAAAUUUCGGUGGCGUUAAUUUGAGAUAUUGAUGUUUGGAGACAGGAUUUGUUCAAUUCAGGUCCAACCAGCUGUCAUUUAAAAUGAAGACAUGAUCAGACAUUUCUGGCAUCUUGAGAGGUACCGCUAACUUCGGCCUUUAGAUUCCUUGUUCCCUCUUACAAGCCACCAUGGAGUUCCCAGCCCCAGCAGACGGCAAGUUCCACCUCCUCUCUGAGAUGGACAACUUUGGUGAUCCGUUAUCCGCAAGUGAGAGGUCGUCAUACUGCGGCGAGGAUGAUGGGAGUUACAUGGAUGAUGCAAGCUCAGAAAUCAGUGACAUCUCGUGUCAAAGUGAAACUCGGCCUCGCCGGAGACCAAGUUAUUAUGCAUCGAGGCGGAGGUAUUUGUACCCAAAGAUUGACAAUGUUGAGCCACUGAACCCGGAACAAGUUCGGUGGUUUUAUCGGGAGGUUCGUGGGAAGAAGUGGAGCGCGUUCAUUGGCUACGAUUCUCUACGAAUAGAGUGCAAGUACCGUGAGCUUCAUUACGGGACUGGAGGAACACAUGAAGAGAACGUUGAGAUGAUUGUGGUGCGCGGAGGACUUUAUGAAGCUGAUGUUGUAGAUCGAAAGUGUUAUCCAAUAUACUGGACAGAAAUGAACGAAAUAGACAUAAUGCGUGGCACAUGGUUCCUUGACAGCUCCUGGCAGCCAGUGGAGGAAGGAUACGCAUCUCAGAUUGAGACGGAACAUUUGGCUAACUUUGAAAACGAGACGAUUCCCGACGAGCCGUUGACACUAACCAAGUCCAAGGGACAGAAAAAAGCGAUACACCAUAUGCACUUCAAAGAUUUCCAUGUUGACUGGUACGCUAUCAACGAGGUGUUUCUAUACAGCGAAGCGACCUCUUCUCGCCUUUAUAGACGAGUAGGGAACACAUUGGGAUUGCAGAAAAGCACAGGAGGUAGCAAGCUGCACCGAGGUUAUUAUGCUGAAGCUAAACCUGAUGAUAAACCGCCAGAUAUCACCCACCUUGUCUUUGUUAUUCAUGGAAUAGGGCAGAAGAUGGAGACGGGGAGCAUCAUCAAAAGUUGUGCUGACUUGCGUGAAUCAGUUGCAAAAAUGAAGAGCAAAUACUUCUCCCGUGUUGAAGAGAGUAAUCAGAGGGCAGAGUUUCUACCGGUAGAAUGGAGGUCAACCUUGAAAUUAGAUGGAGACACCGUGGAUUCGAUCACCCCAAGCAAGGUUCGGGGGUUGCGGACAAUACUCAACAGCAGUGCCAUGGACAUCCUCUACUAUACCAGCCCACUGUACAGAUCGGAGAUCACCCAUGGUCUCCAGACGGAGCUGAACCGACUGUAUAGUAUGUUCUGUGCACGCCAUCCAUACUUCGAAGCAAAUAGAGGAAAGGUCUCUAUUGUGGCCCAUUCUUUAGGUUGUGUGAUAACGUAUGAUAUCAUUAUGGGUUGGAAUCCCAUCCAGCUCUAUGACCAAUAUGUAGCUAAUGUGAUAGAAGAACAGUGCAGUCAAGCCGAUGGUGCUUCUGGUCUGAUCUCUGAACUUGAAAAGGCUAGGAAAAGAGUGAGUGAAUUGGAAGUAGAACUCCUGAGUUUAGCAGAAAGACAACACCUCAAAGUACCCACUCUGAAAUUCAGGGAAGGCAAUUUCCCCAAUAACGUCAAAUCGGGCCCCCUAUGGCGGGUCCUUCCAAAGUUGGAGAACUUCUUUUGCCUGGGUUCUCCCCUUGCUGUCUUCCUUGCCCUGCGAGGUGUCCGACCGAAAGGCAAUGGAACACAGGAUCACAUUCUUCCUCGGCAUAUUUGUAACCGUCUCUUCAACAUAUACCAUCCUGCUGAUCCAGUGGCCUAUAGACUGGAACCGCUCAUUCUGAAGCACUACGCAACAGUCCUGCCUCUAAAGUGUCAUCGUUGUGAAGCAAGUAAGCAAGAGUCAUACCAGAAUAUGAAAGCAGAGGCCUAUGCCCCAUUUGCGCCAAAGGAAAAGGAGAAGAAGAAGGAAGAAAAGAACAAUAACACUUCAGAGCCUCGGAGUGCCAAAGGUGCAAAAACGUCUUCUAUAUCAGACAAGAUUGGCAAUGUUUGGGCGCGUUUCAGCCGGCGACAGUCCGAUGAUCUUACUGCUGAGAUGGAGAGAAUUGAGAGCAGUGCCAAAGAAAUUGAGGAUCGUCUAAUGGAGAAGGCGAAGGCAGAAGCCGAGAGGACACCUUCACCAGAAGUUGAUCAUACAGAUUUAGAAUUCCGUCUUGACUACCAGCUGCAGGAAGGAAGCCUGGAAAAUAGCUACAUAUCUGUGCUCACCUCGCACACAUCCUAUUGGCAGAACACAGAUGUUGCGCUGUUUAUCUUGACAAGUCUUCACCCAGAACACAGGCCUACCACAUCCUGACAGGAUGAGUUGAUGCCUCUCUAUGGUGGGAGAGUGGUGGCAAUGGAGUCUGCGUUUAUGUAGAAUUAAAUUUGAGGUUAUUUUCUUUGCCAAGUUGAUCAAUUAUUCAUGCAUGAAAUACAUGUAAUAUGUAUAUCACCUGAUAACUCUCCAAAUAUUCUAGCUUUGACUGACAGUGCACAAAACUUGAAAGAAAAUCUUUAGAUAAAUCAGAGGUAACAAUCUAUUUGAUUUGCAUAAGCUUGAAAUUGAAAGGAAAAUAUUGUAAUCGUCGAUGUACUGUUUUUGUAGGAAUUUUCCGAUCGAGUUAGAUGCUAUUCAGUAGUAAAGAUAUAGGGUAUGUUUAGAGGUUUCAGGCCUAUUAGGAUUUUUUCGUUUAAGGCACCAUCAUUAAGAGGUGAAGCAUUGACUCUAUUUAUGUAUUAAUUGUGGAAUUGGAUAUGAAGUGACUGAAGAAUUCAGAGACAAAUACAUCAUCGAUAGGUUUUUCCUAUUUUGUGCACUUUGCUUUCAGUGCAAUUUAUGACUUUUAAAAGGCAUUUUGAAUUUUUGUUUUGUUUUGUGACCGAGUAGAAAAGCUCUUGUGUAAUCACACUUGAAGCCUUCUGAUGAUUGGACUGUCUAAUGAUAAAAAAACACUGCCAGCAAGGCCACAAUGGAGAAUCAGUUUUAGAGUAUUGCUGGGUUGGUCGCAAGCCAUUCUCUUUCAUUCGGUUCUUCAUGAUCAACCCUGUUGCUCAACAUGAACUUUCCACAAAUUAUUGUGAUUAUUGUAUAUUUCUGUGAUAAUAUCUCAAAACGUGCUUGAUCUCUGUGUGCUACAUGAGUUGGGAUAUUUUGAUGAACUUGUGGGUCCGGACCGGAGCUGGAGCUGUUCUAAUGGGUAGAGGGGAUCUUGAAAGCUAAUAAGCUCACAGUUGUUGACAUUUCUUUGCGUUAAUAUGACUACUUCCUCCUCAGUCGGCUGUCACAGUUUUUAAAGAUAACCGUUUAGGCAUCUAUAUCCUACAUUUUAUAUCACCUUCUUCCCUUCCUCAAGAUUUUUGAUUCUACCUUUGUAAAUCAGGCAGCAUUUUCACACCUGUACCAUUCUUUAACACGACUGUAAUCAUGUCUGCUGCCAUGAUUCAUACAAUUUGCUUAAUUGGGUGUUUAAUUCCUCGCAAAAAAUUUUUUCCUCAGGGUAACCCAUCCUGAAUUUUUGCAGUUAUUGUUUUGGCCUACAUGAUAAAAUAUCAUUUGCAGGUCAAUUUUGGAGCGCCAGCUACCACCAUCCGACCCGACUGUUUUUUAAAGGUGCACAAGCUGUUGAAGAUGUUUGUACAUUUUCCAGAUGGUACUAAAAUUGAACAAUAUUGACCAAAAUUAUGCAACGAAAGUUUAAUCAUUUGUUAUGAAAUGGCCAUUGUACUAAGGGUCGAGUCAGUCUGGUGCAGAUUUUAUCUGUGCUGAAAAUAUCAGGCAUAUUAUCAAGUAGUUUGAAACAUUUCAGGUUCAGAUAUUGACUUCUUUGUACUUAAUUGCCUAAAAGUGCUAAAUGUGGUAUAUCAAAUUUGAGAAAGAAUUUGAAAUUUUACUUGAAUACCUGUUGUACUUUAAAAUAAACUACUUUAGUUGCAAAUUCAAACGUUUGUAGGCCGUCUGUAUGAAACUGUGCUGAAAAGAAGCAACACUUUUAAACGUAGAUUGUCAAUGUGAAGUCCUUUCUCCUUGAUUUAGUAAUUCACUGCCACGUUCUUUGACCUCAGCAUCAACUUUUACGUCAAACGCUGAUCACGGUCCACUUUUGUGUGGUUGAUAAUAUUCCCAUUCCUAUCAGGUAUCAAGCUUUACCCAUUUACUUAAGCUUUACUCCCUUUUGGUGCUGAGGUUUUCCUCCCUGACCCUCCCAGGCUCGUGCUAGGAUUUGAACAAAAGAUUAAAUCAUGCAUUUUAGGAUAAUUCUCACGAGUCUGUUUUGUGAAAUGGUCUAACUUGACAUGUAUGUGAGCUCUUUUAAAGUGCAUUUCGUAAGAAGUUAAGCAUUUACCCACCUGUUUGGUGUUGCCAUUUCAAUGCAUUUUUAGUGUGUUUCAGUAAUUCGUUAGUCAUGGUGAUGGGGGCUGUCAAUAAAGUCUGUACACACCUUUUUCAGACCCCCUCCCUCUGUACACACCUUACGCACUGGUCCUAACCUCCCUCCAUACAUUCUAUAAUGUAUACUGGUAGUGCAUGAUAACCAGCAAUUUUGUCGGUGCCACCAUGAAGGUAUUAUUGAUAAUGAUAAUAAUUAAUAAUACAUCCAUGGUGGCACAUACACCACAAGGCAAGUGAAAUGCGAUUUAGAACAACACCACGAGUAGAACGACAUCAUGAGUAGAACAACAUCACGAGUAGAACAACAUCACGAGUAGAACAACAUCAUGGGUAGAACAACAUCACGAGUAGAACAACAUCACGGGUAGAACAACACCACGAGUAGAACGACAUCACGAGUAGAACAACAUCACGAGUAGAACAACAUCACGAGUAGAACAACAUCACGGGUAGAACAACAUCACGAGCAGAACAACAUCACGAGAUUGCAUCACCGACGACACUCACUGCUAUGGUGCUUGUUGCGAAAAAUUGCUUUGGUUGCCUAAGUGUGCUCUUGGAUAAACCCGCUUCUCAUGCACUCUGCCACCAACAACCCUCCCGUUCGUGACGUUGUGCUUUAUGGGCGGACCCUUUCCAGUUAUAUUAUAGCAAAGUAUAAGUUGAACACAGAAUUGCAGAUGGCAGCUCUAUUCUGAUUUUGAUUUGUUCCAUGCACCCUCUGAACCGGGGGCUCUAUUCUGAUUAUGGUUUGUUCCAGGCACCCUCUGAACAGGGAGCUCUACUCUGAUUAUGGUUUGUUCCAUGCACCCUCUGAAUAGGGAGCUCUAUUCUGAUUAUGGUUUGUUCCAUGCACCCUCUGAACAGGGAGCUCUAUUCUGAUUAUGGUUUGUUCCAGGCACCCUCUGAACAGGGAGCUCUAUUCUGAUUAUGGUUUGUUCCAUGCACCCUCUGAAAAGGGAGCUCUAUUUUGAUUGUGGUUUGUUCCAUGCACCCUCUGAACAGGGAGCUCUAUUCUGAUUAUGGUUUGUUCCAGGCACCCUCUGAACAGGGAGCUCUAUCCUGAUUAUGGUUUGUUCCAUGCACCCUCUGAAAAGGGAGCUCUAUUCUGAUUAUGGUUUGUUCCAUGCACCCUCUGAACAGGGAGCUCUAUCCUGAUUAUGGUUUGUUCCAUGCACCCUCUGAACAGGGAGCUCUAUCCUGAUUAUGGUUUGUUCCAAGCGCCCUCUGAACAGGGGACUGCUGUUGUUCUUGUUCUGUUGCUCCUCUUUUGGCUGCCAUUAGGAAUCCUGGCUCCUAACAUGAGGGACUUGAGCUUAAUUUUACCAUGAACACUUAGGUGGCAUGUACUUUAGAGCAGUAUAAACAAGUAGUUGUUCUAUCCCGAUGCAUUUCGUUUUUGCUGUAGUGCUAUCAGGUUCUGAUAUAGUUCUUCAGUGCUUUAUAGUAAGUCACACAAAAAACCUCACUCUGAGACUCACUAAAAAACCCCUUAGAAAUAUUCUCCGAAGUUAUAUUUUCCAAAGUCGUAUUCUCUUGAUUAAUCCAACCUAUUUCUAUGAUUUACCUGUACCAGCACAAUGAUUUAGUUGCAGAUUUAACUUUAAGAAGAAGCUCAACGCAAUUCAUAUUUGUCAACUGUGUAAUUGCAUUCAAGCCAUGAUUCAUUUUGAAACUUACCAGAUGUACUUGCAAGUACAAACUAGCAAAGUUUAUGUAUUUAUGUUUGAAUUCACAAAGGGUCAUAUAUCAUUUUCAAAAUCUUUAAUUUCUACAGAUUUGUCUCAACCUUCAAUUCAGUUCAUCCCAGUCAGGUGAUGUUUAAUUUUACUGUGAUUUUCAAACAUGUCAAAGCUGCAUGGUGUAUGUAAAGUUCAAGAAGUAUUUUGUCUGAUAAUUUUGUCUUUAAAUAAAGUAUUUUUUGAAUGCAAAGUACUCUUCAUGUUAUUGAUUUCGAAGUAGGGUCUACUUUCUCAAGACUGACUAAGCAGAUGGAG